AGCCAUUGAAAUACUACCCUCGAGAAGAAAGAUCUCAAAAAUUCUGAAACUAUUGAAAGAUAAUAGAAUUCUGAAAUAUUGAUGUAUAAAUGGGUUCUUUUUGCAUGAUGUGGCGAAAGUGGCAGCGUGUACGACGCACAAAGCGGCUAUUGCAUAUUGAUAUACAUAUACAGAUGCACACACGCGCAGAUAUAUUAUAAUCGGGCCCAAGGUGUAUUUUUUACUGUAAUCUGAAUAAUAUUCGUAUGUGAAUUACCGUGAAAGUGGCUGAAAACGUGAAAAAAACGAUAAUUUAAGAAUAAUUGAUCGAUGUAAGAGCUCAGGGAGGCGAUAAUGCGAUAUUCUCUUUUGCUGGUUAUCAUAUUUUGAGCCGUCGAUUCGACUGCUUAGGCGAAACGGUUCAAGAAGCCUGGUGCCUCGGGUUAUCAAGUCUGGGAAUUUUGCUCGUGAACAGUUAUCGCAGCUACUUUCCUUGGGUUGAGUAUAUUAUUCGAACUCAAGUUAUAGUUACGGUAUCGGAGGUCACGAGAAGAACGACAGUUGGACUCGGAUUCCCUGGUGCAAACGCAAGAUGAAAGUUAAACGAAGCAAAUCCCUUUCCCCUGAACCGUCGAGCAGUAACGAGUACAAGAGGCCCAGGAUUGCCAAUUCCGGGGACAGUGAUAAUGACUAUCUAGAAUGUCGGCUUCUCAAUCUCUCCGAUGAUGUUUUACUGAAUAUCAUGAAGUUUCUCCAUCCGCAAGAUCUCAUGGCUCUGAGCUUGUGUUGCCAACGUUUGGAGCAAGUAACAAGGGACAGAACGCUGUGGAGUAAUUGCGUCGAUUUUCGAACGGCUCCGACACUGUUAGAGGAUCUAGAAAAGUAUGUAAAGUUUUUUAGACCGAUGACCACAAGACUGAGAAUACGCGGUAACUUGCAAUCGAAUAAGCAUCGAGGAUUGAGCCAAAGCUUUUUUAGUGCAAUACGAGCAACAUGUCAACUCAAGGAAUUAACUAUGGAAGAAUACGAUAUUGAUGCUGAUAAAAUACAAAUCACAGACUUUCCCAAAAUGAUUGAAAAACUUUCACUCAAAGGCUGCAGGAUGCACCAUUUGCAAACCGACAAAUCCUACUUUUUCAGGAUGGACUUUCACAUGCCCAACUUGACGUGCCUGAUAUUGAGCAAAUGCAACUGGUUCUAUCCACAUUCAUUGAUGGUGAUAAGCAAGAUGGUAAAACUGAAAGAACUUCGACUGGAUUCUUGUUAUCGACUCGGCGAAUGCGUCGCUUACGCAAGCCUGGCUACCAGAUUUGGUUUCAAAUCGUUGGAGAUUUUAGAUCUUAGAGACACUGGACUGGGGGAUAGCGAGAUAUGCUGUUUCAGCAGCACUAAAACAUUGACGCAUUUGUACUUGGAAUGUCCACGGUCGCCGAGACCAGUUUAUUGCUACGAGCAUGAGCCACGGCCCUACAGGCCACCUCAACAGCAUUCGACAGACCCGCGCUUGAGAGUGUUCGAGGAUCAAAAUAUCUUGGAGUUGUUCAAGUUCGGCUCCUCGUGCGGGAAUAAAUAUUUCUGGACAGCAAAGCGAUUUCACGGAAAUUCGAACUCGCAAAGCCUAUGCAUUCCCGAGCAACCUCUCGAAUUUUGUGAACUACGAAACGGAAUGAAAGUAGUCUGCGAAUACAAGAGUUCUGACGUAACUACAGUUGGUUUUUUUUUACCCGCAGGCUCCAUGCACGAGAAAUGUGAAGAGCGUGGAGCCUCUUUAUUUAUGGAACAUUUAAUAUUUCGAGAAACACGAUGCAGAGAUCAGCUGCAGAUUGAACAAGCGUUGGAAGAAAUUGGUGGAAAACUUGGAGCUCUCGCUAUGCAUGAUAUGUUUUUGUUUUGGGGUACUGUUCCGUCCUGCGAUAUCGAAAAGCUAUUCAAUUUGUUGGGCGAUAUUAUCAACAACGGUAUUAUAGUGAACGAUGAAGUCGACAAGGAAAGAUUCACUAUUCUACAUGAACUGCAGGAGAUUGAUAUGGACGGCGAACGAAUAGUGAUGGACUAUUUAAAGAAUAUUGCUUACCAGGAUACCGAGUUGAGUAAAAGCGUGUAUCCGGAGACAUGUGCGAUAAAAUGUUUAUCAGCGGAGACCAUAUCAUCUUUCCGGGAUCGUUUUUUCAAGUUCAAUUUGAUGACAAUUGUUUGCACAGGGGGCACAAGUUUGGCUACCGUCAACAAAUGCGCCGAAGAGUACAUUAUUUGUUGCGACGAAGACUCUGCACCAUCGCCAGAUUCAUGUGAAACACAGGAUCACGUCCCGCUUCCUUUAAGUUAUCGAUUCUCAGCAAUUGACAUGAGACACAGAGAUGACGAUGAAAAAUUAGCCCACGUUGCUUUAGCAGUGGAAACACCAGGUUUUGGUCAAAUUAAUGAUCAAUAUGCACUGACGGUGGCCAAGAAUAUUGUUGGAUCGUGGGACGUGACGUGUGGUGGUGGCGAUAACAAUGCGCAGUCUGUUGCUCAUUACGCUUUCAAUUAUAAUUUGUGCCACGUUUAUAAAUCCUUCAACAUCGCCUGGGCAAACACAGGCUUGUGGGGCUGUUAUUUCGCUUGCGACAGAAUGCUGCUUCAGGAUACUUUAUGGGUUAUUCAAAAUGAAUGGUUUCGCUUGUGCACGUCGAUAACAGAAAAGGAGGUUCAGCGUGCGGUAAAUCAAUGUAAAACACGUGAAUUGGCCAAACUGAAUAGCUCCAUUGACCGAUUUUUUGAUAUUGCCGUAAGCUUGUUUCGCCAGGGUAGAUACGAACAGAUUUCCCAACGUCUGUACAAAUACGAUGAAAUCAAGGCUAACGCUAUAAGAGACAUAGCUUCGAAAUAUAUAUACGAUCAAUGCCCCGCUGUAGCAGCUUUCGGACCUGUCGAGAAUCUGCCAGACUAUACCAGAAUUCGAUCUUCUAUGUAUCGACUACGUUACUGAUCUAGUUAUAAUUUCCUUUAUGCUGAUAAUCAGUAGUCAGAAUAUCUAUUGUUAGUCUAUUAUUUCCAAUCAAUACUUCGAAUCUCCAUUGUAAACAAAAUAAAUCAAACGUACACAGACGAAUAA